AUGAGUCAACCGCGCUAUGGAAGAGAUAUGGAUGGGCCGGCAGUAGGAGGGUCAGCACGGAGGGCCGGAGAUGGUGUACAGGCCGGCGCACCCAGGAACAACAACUACGCAUCGCCCAUCCAGCCGCAAGGCACAAGAGACCAAGGACCGAACAUGUCACCGAACACAUCCCCACGACGCCAGGCCGGCGCAUCCAGUCCCAGUCAAUCGCGGAUUCCACGGCUUCAGGGACAAGCCUCGCAAGGCAGAGAUGCCGGCGGUACCGGGCUUAUAUCACGACCUACUCCGAUCCCCCAAUGGCCCUUGCCGGGUCCCAUACCAUCCCCGGUCACCUCGUCCGGUUCUGCGCCAUAUAAGCCGCCUCCGGGUCGAUCGCAGCCUCCGCAACGCCCUCCACGCCCAAGCCAGGUGCCCUCUAUUCUCGACAGUUCCCGUGUGCAGGACCAUACACCCGUCUUCCAGUACAAUGCAAGGGAUUCGACUCAAAGCCAGGACCUGUCAGGCUCCGUACCUCCCACGCCAUCAUCGAGGCAGACGCAAUCGACAAUCUCGUCUGUUGGUUCCAUCCCUGACUUUCCCAUGCCCGACUCUACAAGUCAAACGCCUGGACUCGCGCCGCCGAGGAGAAGUGUCGGGCUUGGCCCGCCACCGUCCUCAAGGAGAGGAGACUCAUCGUUCUAUUCAAAUGCCUCAUUCGUCUCGCCGAUCCCCGAAGAAAGCCCUCGCUCGCGUUCGCAUGGGUCUUAUGCUUCGAGUGCUGCAAUCCCCGAAAGCUGGGGCACGGAAUCGCCAGAACCCAGCCCGGCCUAUCAAGAUAGAUUCUUCGAAGAUCCAAUCACCGAAGAGGAGAGCUUCAGAUCACAGGAUGAUGAUGGUGAUGAAAGCAAACUUGUGAGAAGCGCCAGCAUCGGCAAACGAGGCAAGCCUGCCAUUGUCAUGAACCGCGGCGUCGGCGGAGAGUCAUCCAUGCCCGCAGAGCCGUCGCCGGCUGCGCUGCGACCUGCGCCAACGCCCGUACAGGGGCCCGGAUACCCGUUCCAGACGGGCACCGGUUUCCUCGACGUCUCAUCGAGUUCUUCGGGCGCUCUGCCAACCAUCAAGGCGACGGCCAGCCCUCCUCCGCUGACGGCAGACGCCAUGCUGGGUGCCUUCGCCGCCGCCAGUGCAGCGGAUCCCGCAGACAUCAGAAGGGCCACGCCGUCGCCGCGACCCUUCAGUCGGCUGUCUGCCAUUCGACGGCCGCCCAAGCUCGGACUUGAUAUCGACUCGGUCCGAGAAAUGGAGGCGCGAGGCAGCAUGACCAGUCUACCUGACCUCAUCAAGCGUGCAACACGACUCGCUGCGAUGAUGGACCGAGGGAACCGACCCGCGAGCAGGUUCGACGACCAUGGCAGUUGGCCUGACGAGAAGAGUAUGGAGAAGGAGAUGUCUGAUGACCAACACCGAUCCGGGUUCUCAGAUAUGCUGGCGGCAUUCCCUCCGCCUGCAGCGACGCCAGCCCCUACUCGUCAGAGUCGCGGUAGCUGGUUCAGGAGAUCCACUUCCUCAUGGCCGCUGGCCCCUGAUCGGAUCCAGACGCCACCCCAGGCGCGACGUCGCGGUAUGACGGAGAUCACGUAUGCGGACGGCGAUAGCUCAGAGGACAAGAAGAAACGCAGGCGUUGCUGUGGCCUCCCCCUCUGGGCUUUUAUCCUUCUUGUGGUACUGCUCCUCGGCAUUGUAGCGGCUGCCAUCGUUGUGCCACUGCACUUCUUCGUCUUCAACAACAGCGGUGGAAACAAUGCUCCGCCAGAGCCGGCGCUGACGAGCUGCGAAGCCCAGCUUACCUGCGAAAACGGAGGCACCAAUGUCGUGGCGCGCAAUGUGUGCUCGUGCAUAUGUACCAACGGCUUUACGGGGUCGACUUGUGCUGUGACCGGUGCGACAGGAUGCACAACGACGAACCUUGUGCUCAUGGCGGCUGAGGGCAACAUCGGCAAUGUGACGCUGGGCCAGGCCAUCCCACGACUGAUCCAGCAGGCGCAAACCAACUUUACCAUCCCGUUGAUGGGCACAACUAUCCUUGCCAAAUUCAACCAAGAGAGUCUCUCGUGCAUCGCGCAGAACUCGCUCGUUACCUUUGAUGGACGCUCAACCCGUACGGGCGGCGCCAACUCGGAAGUCGUCAUUGAUAACGACAAUGGCAUCGACAACAGCGGCGGUACAGAUCAGCCAGCUGCAUUCGAGCAGAUUCCCUUCCUAACUAUUACCCCUCCGUACCGUGUCACGACUGUGGUGACAGGCACGGUCACGGUGACGACAACGAUCACGGCGUUCCCACAGGAUCCGCCGUCGACGAUCACGCCGGCGCCGGUGACGCCGACCGCGCCCACGACAACGUCCAGCCUUCCCUCGCCGACGGCCACGUUCAUGGUGACGGAGGAAGUGCUCGAUUUCGCCCGAGCCGUGGUUCUCUUUGUCCUUCAGGAGCGAGACCUCCAGGUGGCAACAGCGUCGCAGACAUCGCUGCAGCGGUUCUUUGCGCAAGCCAGCAGCGGCAGCCAAAACACCAGGGACGGCGUGACACAGGAAAUGGCGGCGAGCUUGGGCCUCGCGGACGGAAUCACGGUCGAUCUCGUCCACUUCCUCGUCAACGUUUCGUCGAGCGGGACCUCGGGAGGUUCGAAAAGGCGAUGGGUGGCGGAGGAGGCCAUUGACCAGCUUGGUCUGGCGCACAUACUGACGACCACGGCGAGUUGA